ACUAAUGGGAAGACGAGAUAAAUUCAAGGCAAUCUAGGAAGGAGGUCGAGGAGAGGCCAUAUUUAAUGUAGGAAUGAUUGAGGAUAUUAGGGGUUUGGACUUUUAAUUGGGGUCUCAAAUCCAAUUUGGAGACUUAAAACUCUCCAAGGAGGAAGAAUUUCAUAUUACCAAGAAAAAGGAAAAGGAAUACAUUGUUGUCUUUCCACCAUUAUUAUCAUCAAGAUGUUUGGCAUCAAUUUGUGCUUCUUCUGCGUAGCUUGCCUCUUCUUCCCUUUCUUUGGAUUUGCCUACUCCAAUUUCAUUUCCAAUGGUGCGCUUGAUGCUGAUCAUCGAUCCGCUGGAGGCCCUAAUCGUGUCCUGCUUCAAUUGAAAAAAGCUUGCAAUGUGAGCUUUCAAGAUAUGGACUACACGAUCUUGACGACGCAAUGCAAAGGGCCAUUGUACCCGAAAAAUCAAUGUUGUGAUGCGUUGAAGCAAUUUGCUUGCCCUUAUACCAACGAGAUCAACGAUGCCAGCACGAACUGCGCAGAGACCAUGUUCAGUUACAUCAAUCUCUAUGGCAAGUACCCUGCCGGCCUCUUCGCCAACACUUGCAAGGAAGGAAAAGUCGGUCUCGAUUGUGCCGCCGGCCCCAAGAAGAAUGGAGUUACCUCCAAUAACGUCCAUCUCUUCCUCUUGCCCCUGGUGGUUGGAAUGUUCACCAUUGCAGCAAUUAUUUGAUCCUCUUAUAACUUAAAGUUGUUUUGAAGCCAAAAUUUCAAAGUAAAAAAGAUUUGGGUAUGUAAUGAGUCAACGUGAAUGAUCUUGGUAAAAGAAACAAAAUGUUUUGGAUGGGAACUAAUGAAAAACACGCUCAAGGCUAUGGACGACGAUUGAUCCUUCCUUACAUUGCAGGUUUUAUGAUUUAUACAAUGAAUAUCUUACCAGGUAGUUUAAUAGCAUGUUUGGUUUAGUUUCAUAAUCUCUAGUCUAUAGGCUCCAAUAUGUUCAAUCACUAUAUUAGACAUUUUAAGUUGAAGGAAAAGAUUGUAGAGCCAUAUACAUACGAAUUUGGUGGAAUACAGUUUUCCAUCUUUGGAACAUUGCCUCCCAAAAAUAUGUUAUAGUUCAAUUGAUUAAGUGUUUGCACUCGCUAGAGUGAAACUCCAAGUUUGAAUCCACCCCUCACAUACUAGUUCUCUAGGAGGCACCCUUUGAAUCAUGAAAAAUCAUCCUUGUAGUGGCUUUGCGUAAGUCAGUUUAGUAAUUAGUUGUCCGGCUCCAAGCCUGUGUGUGAAAUUGUCCUUGUAGGCUUCGUGUAAUUCAAUCUACGACACUUUUGUACUUAGAUUUAAAUGAAUAAAGUAAAUUAGCUAGCACGUACUUAACAACAAGAAAUAUAUAUAUUACAAUUUUCCAGAAUCACAAGUUUAUAGAUAGUGGUUUAUCAAAGUCCAAAAUUCGUAAAAGAAUAUUUGAAUAUUGUAUAAGAGAACAAUAAGGAUGAUUCAGAAAAUGGUGAAUUAGGAGUGACGAUUGAGGACUCAAAACUUUGUUGGGAUCUUUCCCUUUCUGCACAUGACACCAAACAAGGACAACGAGUCUUUAUUAUUAUUGAUAUUACUUGUCAUUAUCAAAAAUGAAAUUGCAGGAAAGGAUUCCCAAAUCAAAUGAAGAUCAAAAGAAGAAGACUAUUACCAACAAAGCAGUAUAAAUAGAAGAAAGCAACAAGACAAGCUCGUGAAAUGUGGCAGAGCAAUAGUACACAAAACAAAAGCAAUUACUAUGUGAUUAGCGAUAAGUGUGAGAAGUGAUAUAUGUUCCAUUCUCUGUAUUUUUUAGUCUUGGGAGCUUGUGUAGGUUCUCUCUUUAACUUGAGUUUGUGAUCUUGAGGACUUAACCUCUCAAGCUAUUAGAGCUCUACUAUCAAAAGGGAAAGAUAACUUCUCCAAAAAAAUUAUAUCAAUAUUUACAAACCUAACAUCAUGUGAUUAGCCUAAAUUUUUUUUAACUAGAAGGGUAUGAAAUUUAUGCUUUCUUAUCAUCUGCUUAAAAGCAGUAGACCUUGUGCAGAAAUCAAUCAUGACCCUUUUCAUAGACAUCAAACAAGAUAUGACUCGGAGAUUACGACUGAGGGGGAGAACAAUGCAGAUUCUUACCAUGUUGUAAACUGGAUAAGUAAUGACUCAUACUCAGAUAAGGAGGUCCACCAUGAUUUUCUCAACUAGAAUCGGAUCCCUUUUUAAUUACUCUUCAAGCUCGAGAAGAAUAUUGUCAAGCAAUGUAGUCUAAAAGGAAGAAAGCAAUAAGACAAACUCACGUAAUUUGAAGAAAAAUCGUACACAAGCAAGAGCAAUAAAUAUGUGAUUAGCGAUAGGUGUGAGGACUGAUAGAUGUUCAAUAUCUAUAUUGUUCGAGUGAUGUGAGCUUGUGUAUAUUCUCUCUUUAGCGUGAGCUUGUGAGGAAGAGAGAAGGUUGCAUUGACAACUCUCAUCACUUUCCCCUUCCCGAGAGAAACUAUGAAGGCCGAGUCACGAGUGUGGAGGAGCAAGAUAAUCCUUUCUAAGAUCUUGCAUGACAUCUUGCCCUCCAAACCUGCUUGAAGACAUGAAUGGGAAGGUGAGAGAAGAGAUUAGAGAGGAGGAAGUUAGCUUUGAAGGGGAGGAAGAUCUUGAUUGUUCCCAAUGGGAGGAACUAAUUGAAGAAGAUGGAAGGGAGGUUGAUUUUUAAGUAGAAGCAAAAGUAGAAGGAGCAAUUGAGGUCCAAGAUGAGGACGAGGUCAAGGUGGAUGAAGCAUCCACAAGUUAUAAGAGCUAUCAAAUCUUUCCACAGGACCUUGAUGCAUUACUUUGUGUGGGGCAAAGAGAAAAAAGAAGAAGGAAAGAAGGAGAGGUCUCGUGAGAAGAGACACCACCACGCCGACGAGAACCUCAACUUCAAGGAGGUUCUUGGGUGGACCGAAACUUGAAGAGAAAAAAUACGGCUCACGACGUUAAAGAAACGCUUGGUGGGAGGCUACCCAUUCCAUUGGUCUGUUUUCAUUCACUUCAAUAAGACAAUUAUUGGAGAGAUUUUGGUGGUGUUUUUUUGUCUCUUUGCUCUUCUAAAUCUUGCCAGCUCUCCGCUCCUGAUCACCAACAUUCACACCUUAUCAGGUAACAUCGUUCAACCUCCUUAUUUUACGCUAUUGAGGGCAAUGUCGAGUUUAAGUGUUGGGGGUAGUCCAUUAUGCUCGUGUGUGAAUGAUUGGUAUUAAUUUGAGUGCUUGGAGCCUUGUUGUAUGCCCAAAAUUUUUAAAAUUUGAGGGCUCCAAGCUUAGCAACUUCUACAUUUGCAUGAUCAUAGGGGAACUGACACGCUACAACACAACAUCAAACUGCGACCAAGUGUAAUUGCAGAAAGGGAUUGCAGUAUAGUGGUGCAAGUAAUAAAUAUCGAAUCCACGGGUCUCUAGAGUUACUAUUACUUAGAUUCAGUUCAUUAUCUAGAAAACUAGAUUAAGAAAGAGGAACUAUAACUACUCUAGCAAACUACGAUUAAAGUUAAUCUAAUUACAGGUUGGGAACUCACUUAGGUAUGAUUCCCCCUAGCCAUUAGCCAGAUUAAUGAUUGAUGAUCUUUAACAUGUUUCACUUUCAUUCACAAUGCGAAGAAUCCUUGACUAGACCUUGAAUCUUUACUAAAGGAUCAAUGCCCUCUUGAGUCAAUUGCCUAGAGGGACGUAUCCUUCUCUAGAACAACCGGUCAAGGCGUUCUGAACUAGAUUCCAUCUAUCGAAUGAGAUUCUCAAUCGAUACAAAGCAGUGAAACGACCCUCAACUAAAGCAAUCGAUCCAAUAUUAUCAAUCUAUGGUGCUCUAUUGACCUAAUCAGGUAUUUGCUCUCAUAGGAUCAAAGCAGAAUCAAUAAUCUUCACUAAAGCAGAAUUGAAUCAUGAAAACAUGCAUAGAUUGAAUUUGAAAUCAAGAAUAUCAAGUAAGAGUACUCAUACAAUCAUCCAAUCAAACAAACAUGGCUAGGGUUCCUCAAAAUCUAAGUGAAGGGAAGUUACUCCACAGAGAAGAGAGAGAAUGCAAUAAUUUGAUCUAGAUCUUCAAAUCUUCAUCUUCAAGCUUGAUUCUCCAGCUCCAAUGGUGAAGAAAUCCUACAAAAUAUCUCCAAGAAUGAUCCCAAGUUGCUCUCUCUCUAGUGUUCGUCCCUUGGGUGUUUGGGAUCCAAAAUGCAGCUCUCCUUCUCUCUAAAAUUCAAAAUUAGGUUAAAAUGCAGCUGCGAGCGAUUACAUGGUCAGGCCGCAUAGCCGUGCAACCAAAACACAGCUUUUGAAUUAGUUCCGCAAGGGGAGUGCACGGCCAUUGCACGACCCGUGAAAUCCGAGAGCCUGGCCGUGCAGCUUCUCACAGAAUUCUUCACUGCCAGAAAAUAAGUCGUGCACGGCCGUGCAUCUUCGCUUGCAUGGCCACCAUGCACGGCCUUGCAUCUACUCGGACUGGCCGUGUAACUCGUCUGCUCUCCAUCUCUCAUCCCGUCUUUGCCCAAUCGACCCCGAACUCGUGCUCAAACCUUCAUUCACGCAUUAGGACCUGAAAUGUCAUAAACAAUAACAACCUAGCGUAAAAUCGGCUUAAAGCCCGAGAUCCGAGACUCAAACAAUAUAAGAAUGGUGGACAAAACAUGUGUAAAUAUCGAGUAAUCAAAUCUCCCCACACUUAACCGUUUGCUUGUCCCGAAACAAACCAAGUUAGACACAAGUCCAACUGACAAAAGUUUUCAGUCAAAACAGUUUUAGGGACACGACUCAUGGCACAAAACAUAGUGAUCUCCACAGAUGACUAGCACCGACACAUGAACAACAGCAAUAACAACCUCAAUGACUACUCAGAUGACACCCAGCUGCAGCAAAACCAUGCAAAGGAAAAAUCUAACUAAUGUUCAUAGACCAAAACGUGACAAGCCCCGUCUACCCAUGCAUCCCAGUCAACCAUGAAUAACGUUCAAACAACCAGAAUCAAAGGCAGAGUAAUCAAGGCCCUCAUCGGGGUAUAUUAUAAGGAAAAGAAUCGAUCACUCUCGACCAGUGUGGUCAGGACAUUGUGGUGCAAAAAAUGUGCACAUUCAUUCUCUCAAUCCUACUGUCUCUUCGCCAAGAUUGCAGCCUCUAAGGGUUAGAGUUCACACAGAUGAUAUUACCACUAACUUGUCAGGAGGACUUGACCGGGUUCAGAUGCACUGGUUAGGGUCUAGGACAUGGGGAAUAUGAUUUUUUGGUGGUGGUUAUUUCAAGCGCAGGGUCCACAGUUCCAAGCCAAAACAACACAAUCAAAACAUCAAUCAAAUAGGUUGCACAUCUUUGCUAUCACUGCAUUAGUCAAUUUCCAAACAUAAGAAUGUAGGAGGUAAAAAUUAUGAGAGUGUUCAAAGCCAAUAUGCUAAGAUGCACUAAUUAAUGAGCAUUUUUCAUUCCUUCUGUGGCGGCUCUCUUCUUUUAUUUUUCUUUCAUUUUCUAGAGCCACAAACUUUCCACCAUUUUUGAAUACAUGCAUAUGCUCAAUCCUUUCAGAACAUCUUCCUACAUUCAUUUUAAAAAACAACAUAGAUAUCAAGCACAAAUCACUCUGUGGAACCUCUACAAAGUCAACAAAGGGUUCUAUACUAAAGACAAAGAAGACAGUCACACGACUCAAAGGGGCUGACUAGGGGAUAUGACAAACCAAGACAUACAACUUGGUCGUGGGCUAUUCCUAUGCCUCCAUCUUCCUCAUUAGUGGUAACAUUAUGCUACAAAUUAUGGUAAGGGGGAUCCAAUUAAACAGAAAGAAACGAACGACUCAAAUCUCACAAGGCUUCCUACAUGCUCUAUCUCUACUUCUGGUUUCCUGAACUAGAUGCAUAGAAGAUAGAGGAUGGUGGGUCGGCGAUUCAUGUCACAAGUUGGGUUAUAAACAAAAGUCAUACGGAACCCCUACACACUUUUACUGUAGUUCUUAGUCAUCAUCAUAGUCAUCUCGGUCACAAACAAACCAUUCAUGCAACAAAUACUAACCACAAUCAGAGAUCACAAGACAAACAGGUGCCAAUGUGCCGAUGCAAGAGAAAACACUACUUGGAGCCCUCAAAUUUAUAAUUUGGACAAUGGACUAGGCUCCAAGCACACCCAAACAACCAACCAUUCACACGCAAACAUAAUGGAACAUCACCCCAACACUUAAGCACGACAUUGUCCUCAAUGGAGGAUAGAUACGGAGGGUAUAACGAAGUUACCAGAUCAAGUGUGAAUGAUGGUGAAUGGGGAAGGCGAUGCAUUCCAUGGGAGAAAGUAGAGUAAGAGCAGUUGGAACACAAACACCACACAAAAUCUCACAAAGAUUGACUUAUUGACUCUAAAUCAAAAGACGAACUGACUCAACCAAAGAGAAAUAGGGAAAGAAAGUGCAAACCGACUAGUUCGGUUGCCUCCCAACAAGCGCUUCUUUCACGUCGUGAGCCAGACGGUGACUCUUAAGUUUUGGUCUAUGCUAGAACCUCCUUGAAGUUGAGGUUCUCGUCGACGAGGUGGAGUCUCAAGUCAUGAACAUGUGGUAUGAAAGGUGAUGUAGGCUUGUGUACUUGAUGAAUAUGAAGUCUCCACCUGCGAGACCUCUUCUUUUCUUCCUCUCUCGUCUCAUUGCCCCGAACGAGAUAUGACAUCAUCGACUGACCACCAUCACAUCCACUAAGAGGGACCGAUGUCAAUGUGGCCUUGGUCUGGCAAUGAGACACUGCAAAUGGGUCCUUUCCAAGCACUUCUCGAAGUUUGGUAGAGAUAUCACCUGUAACUCAUGGCCGGUGCAAGCCUCUUCCACCUUAACUCUGUCCUCCGCCUAGACUCUUAUUGCAUCUUCAACUCCCCUUCCAUCCUCAUUAUUUGAUUCCUCCCCUUAUAAAAUAUCAAGAACUUCCUGUAAUUCACCUCCUUCAUUCUCCACAACUUCUUUCCUCAUCCGUUCUUGCUCUUCUUCUUCUAGCACGGAUAGGAGAGCAAGUCGCCAUGCAAUCUUUUCAAUAAGAUCAACUUGCAUCUCCUCACUCAUGCCUGCCUCCUCAACGCUUGGUGUGGGAUGCGGAAAGGUAUGGUUAGCUACAACAGGACAUUUCUGAUCAUGAUCAUCACGGGAGCUCUUCGUGACAAACUCUAUAUGCUCCACGAUGUCCUCGUAGCCUUCGUCUUCCUCCUCCUCUUCUAGUAUGGUAGCAGAAGGGUGAUCUUGAACAAGUUGUGCACAAACUUGAUGAACCCGCUCUGUUUGCUUUGCUGAGUGUGAAACAGUCUCCUCCGAUUCACGAAGGGAUGAAGAGUUAGGAGGAGCAACAGAUUGGAAAAAGAGGUCCAUCUUGCGAUUGUGUCUCUCGGUGUUCCGAGCAAACUACUCUAUGUGAAGUCCUAGUUGACUCAAUUGACUGUUCAAAUCUGGCCUUGGAGUGUAGCAUAGCUCUGUAAAAUGGCCGGUGAAGGCCGCCAUGGCUAACUCCAGCUCCGAUGGCCCUUCUGGUUGUGGGAGGAAUUCUUCUUGAUAAGGAUAUUGUUCUUCAAAUUUCCAAGGGUCUAGUUGUUCUCCGUAGAAAAGGAGUUGGUACUGGAACCCGAAUCCAUAGUCUUCUCCUCCUUGAUUACACCAGGAAGUCUCACGAAAUACCACUCUGAUGGUGUUGGAUACCCCCAAUGGUUGGAGAAGCCAUGAUGAUCCAUGAUUCAGAUCUACAUCAACAAAAACAAAAACAAAAACACCCAAGUAAAAAACAAGGAUGGAAAUGAAAAUAAAAACACUAAAUUCACAAACUUCUGCUUUUCCUAAUAAUCUAGAUAGUGCCCGGCAACGGCGCCAAAAACUUGACACGCUACGACACAACACCAAACUGCCACGGUCUAUAGAGUUACUAUUACUCAACUUCAGUUCAUUAUCUAGCAUACCAGAUUAAGAAAGAAGAACUAUAACCACUCUAGCAAACUACAGUUAAAGUUAAUCUAAUUACAUGUUGGGAACUCACUUAGAUAUUAUUCCCCCUAGUCACUAGCCAGAUUAAUGAUUGAUGAUCUUUAACCUGUUUCAAUUUCAUUCAAACUGCGGAGAAUCCUUGACUAGACCUUGAAUCUUGACUAAUGGAUCAAGGCCCUCUUAAGUCAGUUUCCUAGAGGGACAUAUCCUUCUCUAGAACAAUCGAUCAAGGCGUUCUGAACUAAACUCCCUCUAUCGAAUGAGAUUCUCAAUCGAUACAAAGCAUUGAAUGGACCCUCGACUAAAGAAGUCGAUCCAAUACUAUCAAUCUAUGGUGCUCUAUUGACCUAAUAAGGUAUUUGCUCUCAUUGGAUCAAACCAGAAUCAAUAAUCUCGACUAAAGUAGAAUUGAAUCAUGAAAACAUGCAUAAAUUGAUUGAUUGAAUAUGAACUCAAGAUAAUCAAGUAAGAGUACUCAUACAAUCAUCCAAUCAAACAAACAUGGUUAGGGUUCCUCAACAUCCUUGGUUGCCCGUGCAACCAAAAUGCAGCGUUUAAAUUAGUUCCGUGAGGGGAGUGCACGGCCAUUGCACAGUCCGUGCAGCUUCUUGCAGAAUUCAUCAUAGUCAGAAAAUAAGUCGUGCACGGCCGUGCAAACCCUUUCCACUCAUCUUCGCUUGCACGUCCACCAUGCACGGCCGUGCGUCUUCCCGGACUGCCUGUGCAACUCAUCUACUAUCCAUCGCUCGUCCCGUCUUCGCCCAAUUGACCUCGAACUCGUGCUCAAACCUUAAUUCAUGCAUUAGGACCUGAAAUGUCAUAAACAAGAACAACCUAGCAUAAAAUUGGCUUAAAGUCCGAGAUCCGAGCCUCAAACAAUAUAAGAAUGGUGGACAAAAACAUGUGUAAAUAUCGAGUCAUCAGGAACCUUUGGUGAUUUUCUUCGAAUCUCUUAGUUAUUAUCAUUUUUGAUGGAUGAUUUUCUUAUGAUUAUGUGCAACCUAUUAUGAUGAUUGAGACUUUUAUUCGGUUGGUGCAUAGGUUUAGUUCUCAUGUGUUUGUGAACCGAUAGGAUUUUUGAAUCGAUUACUUGCUUUUUAAAGUUGCAUAUUCAUCGAGUUUAAGGAGUUAGAAUGAAUGAUUGAGAACCUAGGUAGCCAUGUGAGACUUGUGCCGUUCAUUUCGUUCUUGUGAGAUAGAUCCCCUUUACAUGAUGCGUAGAAUUCACAUUGUUGCUAGCGAGGAAGAUUGAGGCAUUGGAUUAGCCCACGACCCAAAAGUUGACCAACCCUAUCAUAUUAUCCCUUAGUCAACCCUUUUGAACAGUGUGUCUAAAGUUCGUUCUCGUGUUACGUAGCUCAUGCUACUUGAGCUUGAUUGAUUUAGAUAGAGCGACCCUACUUUUUUCAUGUCUACACCGUUAUCGAGUCACCCUUGUGUUUGGAAGCUCCAUUCAUACCAUUUGAGCUUAAAUGAGGUUCCACAUGAGUGAUUUGUGUAUGGUUUUGCUAAGAAUGUGAAGUGAAUGAGGAGGUAGUUCUUAAAAGUGAUCAUUGUUCCUUAAGCUAAAAAUGUGGCAUAUUUUUAGCUCCUACUAGCUCUCAUAGAAAAGAGAAGGAAAGAAGAAGAAAAAAAGAGAAAGCAAUAAAAAGGGCAUAGAAGAAAAGAGAGUGCCAACUAAAAAUAUAAUAAAUGUGGGAUAUUCUCUUAGAAGUGUUUCUUAGCAUGCAAGCGAUAGGAACACUUACAUGAUUAAUUAAUUGUAUGAAAGUUGCAAAGUGCGUCAAUUUUCGUUAUACAAUUGUGAAGUGGGUUAAGACGUUUUAGAGAUUCGAACAGAAACAGAGAAGAGAAGGAAGACUGUGGACUUGAGAAAAGGAAAAGGGAAGAAAAAGAAAAUAGACUUCUUCUGUCCGUUUCUCAACCAACCGUAGCAAAAGAAAAUGGGCCAGCUAACUAUUAGGCCCAAGAGGAUUAAAAUAAGGCCAAUACUACAGUGACGCCAUUGAAAGUGCGGCACCGGUGCCGCUUUGUUUAAUUGGACCACGUAGCUGCUUGCGUAGCUGGUUGGUCCUUUCUCAAAAGCUAAUCCAAAUCGGUCGCCCAACCCAAACCCGCCUAGCUAGCUGACCAGGAAUAUAAUUAUGUCUUUUAAUUCUCGCCCCCAUCCUCUCCGUUGGAGCAACCAAAAGUUUCGGCGAACAUCUCAAACGCCGAUCAAAUCUCAUUUACAGACUCUUAUCACUCUACUGGUCGGCUCUGCCCCCAUUGGGUCCACACAAUCCUUUGCAUCGCCCCCUCGCUCUGCACCCUACCUAUUCAAGCGUCGAAAUCCGAAUCCGAGGUUCGUCGAUUGGAGAUGCAUAGCGACGUUGGGUGUUUCUGUGAUCUGCAAUUAGACAAACCUUAUACAUCUAUUCGAUAGGACAAAAGAAUUCGUAUUAAUUUAUGUUAGCUACUUGAUACUUCAAUUAUAUAUAGAAUUAGGCUUCUAGUUUUGUAGUUCCUUCAUCCUUAUUGCGAAACUUUUGUGUUUUUCUGUCUCGUGAAAUUGCCUCAGGUGGCCAUAGUCGCCUUUUUUGUGGAACAACAACCAACCGUGAACUUGAUAGCACACAAACGUCACGUGAUAAUGUAAGACUGCAAUAGUUGCUCUUGUGGUACCCUCCCCUGAAUCACUCUGAACCAUUUUCUACAAGUGUUGUUGCUGCUGCUAUGAUGAAAUCAGUUGCCAUUUGAAAGGCUCGCGGUUGCAGGAAGGAACUUUCAAUACCUUCUAAAGCUUAUUGAUUGAUGAGACGAUACAAUACUUUGACGAGUUAAUAAGCUUCCUCUAGUGUUUGAAGAGCAGUAAUACUGCAACAUAGUUCUACGGAUGAAUUCAGUUGUAUUUGGCCUGAUGGGUUUAUAAUUGGGUUUCUUGGUAUAUAUGCUUGAGACAUGUUUUGAGAUCUCUGUUAGUUUAUAGUUUAGCUUAGAGGUCUAUCCAGCCUUUUUUAGUUCCUUGCUCUCACCUGUAUCGGUUUGCAGAUUGGUUUUUCUUUUCAUUUUCUUUGUAAUUCUGUGUUUUGCUUAAUUAAUCUACAUCACCACUAUAUAUAUAAAAGAAUGCACAUAAUCAUUGGAACGAAGGAAUGCUCAACUCUCAACAUCAGGAAAAUGUUCUCGGAGAUGAAUGAACAACUAUUCCUGUCGUGCCAGUUCAAGGAUGAAGAUUGAAGAAGAACAUCUCAGUUUUGCAGCCGAGAAGAGGAAAGUAGCGUGGCGAUCAUACCAAGAUCACUUGUUACCAGUAUUAGGCAUUUGUGGGUGACAUCCUAAGUGCUGGUGUUUGAUAUAAUUUUUGUUAGUGCAAUGGCAGUCAAAUGUUGUAUAACUAAGUAGAGUAGCUCCUGCUCUCGCGUAUCUUUAGCUUGGGCUCCCCAUUUUGUGGUAAUUCGAUGAUGUAUGGGAUCUCGUUUGGUUUUCCCUUUUGUAAGCUUAUGAUAAAGGGAAAGAAAAGGAGUCAUACAAUAGUUUAUUAGCUUCAUUUCUACCUUGUGCAGUUGUAUUGUCAAUAGGGAAUCCCACUUGACCUUUUGAACAAUCUUCUUCUAAUUAACAUUGAAGGGGGGUAUUCAUACGCUCAAUGGAACUGUCAGGUUCAUCGGUGACAAUUGCAGCAUUUCUGUAUUCAUCCUUCCAAUCAAUGCCACCUUGAGUCAUUUUUUGGAUAAAGAACAAGCUAAAGAACGAACUAAUUAUAUACAAGCUCGCAACUCAAGAAAGUCCUACUCAUCCCUGGUCAUAGCAGUUUGCAACUAAUUACAAUGAACACCAGAGUUUGGCACUUCGGCUCAACAAAAGUACAAAAGGCCCGAGAUCUCUCCUCUUCUACAAUAUCCCCACCUCCUCCCUCACCUAAAAAACUCUUAACCCGUGGAGCAAAGAUCUUUUCGUACUUUUUGAAACCAUAGAUAGGAUAGAGGACAGCCCACAUAUGAUAAUAAUAAUUUAGCAAAGCAAGAUGAUCCAAUCAAGCUGAAACUGUAUAAGCAAACUUCCAAACAGUACAGAGUAGAAAUUGUGCCGAAAGAGUGAUAGUCCAUUCAAAGCCAAGGCCUUGUAGGCUUGUACCAAUGAGCGAGACCACUGUGCCUGCCGCCGACCACCGAACACUGUGCCUGCCGGAGUUCAAAACCCUGUUCACCCGAGACCUCAUGUUGUCGCCAGCCUGGGCAGCCUGAUCCCAUCGAGCGUCCUCUUCCACCGCCGACGAUCACACCGCCCAGGUACCCGUGCCGGUGUACUAAAAUGAGAUUCUCGCUCCAAGUCGAGCGCUAGCGUGCGGCUUCUUCCUGGAAGAGGAACUCCGGGGAGUUGGGGAGAUUGUAGAGGGUAUGAGAAGGGACGCUGAUGAGAAAAAUAACAAAUAAAAAACGCAGAAGACGGAC